AUUUCCCUUAUGCGAUUCACGGAAGAGGCCUGUAUAGUGUAUCCCAGCUACCCAGCAGGACUUUCCGUUGUAUGUUUCGUGGUACAGUCGCACUGAUUGUUAUAUUUGAAGUUGUUACAUAUUGGCAUAGCACUUACCAGGAUGGGAUUGCUUAGAACACCUUAUUUAAUGGCAUCAUUCAGAAGAAGUUUAUUUACUUCCAAUUCCACACAAAUGGCAAUUAAAAAUGUGGUUGUUAUAGGCGGUGGUUUAAUGGGAAGUGGAAUCGCACAGGUUGCUGCUCAAAAUGGUCAGAAUGUGACCAUUGUUGAUUUGGACCAAAAAGUGUUAGAUAAAGCCAAGAAUGCUAUAAAUGUCUCUUUGCAACGGAUAGCAAAAAAACUUUUCAAAGAUGAUUCUGUAAAAGCAGAAAAGUUUCUGUCAGACUCAAUGGCACAUGUUUCUUUGUCAACCAAUCCUGAACAAGCUGUUAAUCAAAGUGACUUAGUUGUUGAAGCUAUUGUAGAAAAACUCAAUGUCAAGCAAAAGCUUUUCCAAUCCCUGGAUGCUGUUGCCCCCACUCAUGCAGUGUUUGCCUCAAACACCUCUUCAUUGCCAAUUGGUGAAAUUGCCCAGUCCACAAAAAGAAAGGAUCGGUUUGUUGGUCUACAUUUUUUCAAUCCUGUUCCUGUAAUGAAACUUCUAGAAGUAAUUCGUAUUCCGGAAACUUCGGAUAAUACAUACAAUCUUGUGAUGGAAUGGGGGAAAUCUAUCGGAAAACAGACUGUCACCUGCAAAGAUACUCCAGGAUUCAUUGUUAAUCGCCUCUUGGUGCCAUAUAUGAUGGAAGCUGUCCGUUUACUUGAAAGAGGUGAUGCGACGGCAAGAGAUAUCGAUACUGCCAUGAAAUUAGGUGCGGGUUAUCCAAUGGGGCCGUUCGAAUUAUUGGAUUAUGUAGGACUGGACACUUCUAAGUUCAUCAUUGAAGGAUGGGCCGAAAAGUUUCCCGAAAAUCCUCUUUUUAAGCCAGUACCUACUUUAAAUCGACUUGUAGAGGAGGGCAAACUUGGCAUGAAAACAGGAGAAGGUUUUUACAAAUACCAGAAAAAGUAAACCGACAAGUUCGUAGUGCGUGGCGAUGGGUUGUACCUGGGGAUAUUAUUAAGUUUUGUAUGAAGCCUUACGAUUAAAAAAAAAGUAAUAAAAAGAUACGAAUAAUCAAAUCUCUUUAAAUUGUCGAAAAUAACAAUUAAAUUGUAGAAUUGGGAAUUUUAUGGUGACCGUACGUCUGCCUUGAAAUCAAAGAAAAUAAAAAAAACUUCAUAAUAAAAAAAAAUAAAGCAUUAAGCGCAUUACUCACCGAUGGCUAAAUAAACUUCAGUGCCCAAGAAA